GCCAUACUUCACCAAUAUCAAGGCAAUUUUGUUCCUUUUCCUGUUUUACCCCUCCUUCCAUUGCACACAUUUUUCCUUAUUAUUGUUAUUACUAUCUAAUUUAAUUCACCACUCUAUUCAUUAUUGUUUUUGUUGCAUGAUUUUGUUUUAUGCUCCAUUUAUUUUUAUUUUUUUAAUUUCUUCGCUGUUUCAGAUUUUUUGUCUUCCAUUUACUUCCCCGAGAGAGCGCGACUCCAAGUUCUCCAUGGUGCUUCGAUCCGUGCUCUCCUUCACUAUCAAAGAAAUAUCGUUGAAGCAAACCCAAACUCAUUUUCUUGAGGGGUUGCUUGUCUUGAGGGAAUUUAGAUUUGAGCGCAUUGCCUAGGCCUUUAAAAGUUCGGUACUUGAGGUGGGAUUCCAUGGGUUGAAGACAAAGAAUAAAUAAUGGGUAGCUUAAGUGAGGACGAAGAAUGGCGAUUUUUUGAUGCCAAAGAAGAUAUUGCAUCUGUUUCCGAUGCAAAUUCAGAAGGCACUGAUACAUCUAUUGCAGUUUGUAGUUCCAGCAAUCAAAUUUCGAGUAGUUUUGUAUAUGAUGUAUGGUUACAAUGCCCAGGGAGUGUUAAGGAACGGCGGGAUAAAUUCUUCAAUUGGAUGGAAAGGAACUUAGAUCCAAUUGUCUGCAAGGAUUCGUUUGGGGAAUUUGGUUUUGAAAGGGAUGUAGACACGCUUAGGGAGAGCAGUGGGGCUGUGUUGAGAACAUCCAUUUUUGAAGAUGAAUUUUGUUCCAGUCGAUCUUCCAUAUCUUGUUGGUCUAGUGGUGAUCCAGAGAGUUUUAUGUUUAGAGAUGGGAAUUCACAUGGUGGAAUUGCUUAUAGUGUAGAGGAAACUGGAGAUGCUGGGAAGACAAGUAACAGCUGUGAGGUGGGUUCCGAGACAAUUUCAGAGGAGGACAUGCCUGGUUCAACUUCCUCAUUUCAACAGCUCCCAGUGAAGAAAUUUGAGCAUCAGAAUAGUGUCAAAACAUCAAAGGGAGUUAAUAAUGGUUGGUUGAAGAGACUACGUUCCAUAGCAUGUGCUGUGGAUAAGCAAUGGGAAGCUGAGAAAUUAAGAGCCAAUGAGAAUGAUGAUAUUUUGGGUUAUCGAGUUCAUGGAGCUAAGGUUCGCCAACAUGGGAAGCGAUCCAAGGAACUAUCUGCACUUUAUAAGGGGCAAGAUAUCCAGGCUCAUAAGGGUUCGAUAUUAACUAUGAAAUUCAGUCCUGAUGGACAUUACCUUGCAAGUGCUGGUGAAGAUGGGAUUGUGAGAUUGUGGCAAGUGGUGGAGGAUGAUAGGUGUAAUGAACUUGACAUUCCAGAAGUUGACCCAUCCUGCAUAUACUUCACUGUCAAUCAUCUGUCUGAACUGAAACCCCUCUUCAUGGAUAAGGAGAAGAAUGGUAACUUAAGGAGCCUGCGGAAAACAUCAGACUCUGCCUGUGUCAUUUUUCCGCCAGAAGUUUUCCGGAUAUCAGAGAAGCCAUUGCACGAAUUUUAUGGCCACUGUGGUGACAUCCUGGAUCUCUCUUGGUCAAACAAUAAUUAUCUGCUGUCAUGUUCCGUGGAUAAAACUGUCCGUCUAUGGCGAGUGGGAUGUGACAACUGUCUUGGAGUUUUUUCGCAUAGUAAUUAUGUAACCUGUGUUCAGUUUAACCCCGUGGAUGAUAAUUACUUUAUGACGGGAUCAAUUGAUGGAAAAGUACGGAUUUGGGCAAUUUCAGGUCGUCAAGUUGUUGAUUGGACCGAUAUUAGAGAUAUAGUCACUGCACUAUGUUAUCGCCCAGAUGGGCAGGGGGGGAUUGUUGGCUCUAUGACAGGAAAUUGUCGCUUUUACAAUAUGCCAGACAAUCACUUGCAACUGGAUGCUCAGAUAUGCUUGCACAAUAAAAAGAAGUCACCCUGCAAAAGAAUAACAGGCUUCCAGUAUUUCCCUCAAGAUUCAAGCAAAGUGAUGGUCACCUGUACUGAUUCACAAGUCAGAAUUCUCCAUGGGCUUAAUGUAAUUGGAAAAUACAAGGGCCAUCGUAGCGCAGGAAAACAGAUGUCUGCAUGUUUCACUUCAGAUGGGAAGCAUAUUGUCUCUGCUUCUGAGGAUUCCAAUGUAUAUAUGUGGAAUUGUGUUGAUGAAGAAAAGGCUGCCAUUUCUCAAGCAAAAAAUGUCAAGUCUUGUGAGCGGUUCUCCACCAAUGCAUCCGUUGCAAUACCUUGGCAUGGCUUGAAAUGUGGAAACUCUGAGAAUGGGUGCCAUUUUAGUGUCUCAAGUGAUAAGUCAUUGGAAUCUCUGCCAUUUACUUCACCUGCUUGUUUCUCUCUAAGCCAAGAGUUCUUCUUAGAAUCUUUUCCGAAGGGACAUGCGACUUGGCCUGAGGAGAAGCUUCCUGCAGCAAGUCCAUUGCCGCCUUUGUCGUUAGGAUUGCAUAAAUCACACUACAAGUUUCUUAAAUCUUCGUGCCGGGGAACAUCUAGUUCUCAUGCUUGGGGUUUGGUUAUUGUGACUGCUGGAUGGGAUGGGCGAAUUAGAUCAUUCCACAAUUAUGGAUUACCAGUAGCUGUUUGAGAUGUUUGUGUUUUGGCAGUGCUUUCAGUGAACCUGGAUUCUUCAGUUCAGUUUGAUUGGGCAGUUUUCAUGUUUAUUGUUCAUUUGGUCAAUGAAAUUCUGCAAUCCAGUGUUGGCUGGGCUAAUGAGCAAAAAAGGGUUGGAAGCGUAAGCAGCCAUGAUGUGCACAAGGUUGGAGCCCAUGAGCAUGUGCUAUGUAGAUUGAUAUGGUGGGUCAUGGAAGAUGUUGGAGGUGUACUGGGACAGAAGAGGGUCGUGACGUUGCUGCUUUUAUCUGGUUGCUAAAUACUGGGGAUACACAGGAGGCUAAGGUUAGCUCAUCUGGAAUAAUUUGUUGAAGUGUCAAAAAAUCAUGUGUUAAGAUAAGAGGGGCCAUUAUGUUAAUUUGAUCUUGUUAUAAUGAAAGUGGUAGUGGGGCCUUAAGAGCAAAGUCCUCUUUGCCAUUAUGGAAAAGGAAGGCUGAGAAUCAAGGCUAUUAGUGGGUUUCAACUUUUAAGUUAACUUGGGAAGAAAAUGGUGGGGAACCUUCCUUGCCAUUACAAUACAUCUACUAACUUCGAGAUCAUUCCAUAGUGAUGGCAAUCACGUUUGUUUUGCUAACACAAAUUGUAUAUGGUACUCAAUUCCAGUUGUUUUGCUAACACAAGAGUCGGAGUAUCAAAGGUGAAUUAUUGAAGGAAGGUGAGAAACUCUGCUGUGGCAUAAUCUUUUCUUACAGUAAUAUAGCUAGCCACUGUCAAUGGCGAACUUGGAAUUGUUCCAAACACAUUCAGUUGAUCUAUACUAUAGUGGAGUCAGAAUAA